CCCCGGGCCCCUGCUCGUGCUCAGUUGCCUGUGCGCGCCCCUGCUCGGGGAGCCAGGCGGCAGCGCCCAGUCGGCGGGUACAUCAGAACCUUCCUUUAUUGCAAAAAGUGAAGAUCGCUUAUUUAAGCACUUGUUUCAAGACUAUCAGAGAUGGGUUCGCCCAGUGGAACACUUGAAUGACACAAUAAAAAUAAAGUUUGGUCUUGCAAUCUCCCAGUUAGUGGAUGUGGAUGAGAAAAAUCAGUUGAUGACAACAAAUGUCUGGUUGAAACAGGAAUGGAUAGAUGUAAAAUUAAGGUGGAAUCCUGAAGACUAUGCUGGAAUAACAUCUAUUCGUGUCCCAUCAGAUUCCAUUUGGAUCCCAGACAUUGUGUUGUACGACAAUGCAGAUGGCCGUUUUGAAGGAACCUCUACAAAAACAGUAGUAAAAUACGAUGGCACCAUUGCUUGGACUCCACCAGCAAACUACAAAAGUUCCUGUACUAUUGAUGUUACCUUCUUUCCAUUUGACCUCCAAAACUGCUCUAUGAAGUUUGGUUCCUGGACUUAUGAUGGCUCACAGGUUGAUAUAAUUCUAGAAGAUUAUGAUGUUGACAAGAGAGAUUUUUUUGAUAAUGGAGAAUGGGAAAUAGUAACUGCAACAGGAAGCAAAGGGAACAGAACUGAUGGAUGCUGCUGGUAUCCAUUUAUUACUUAUUCAUUUAUAAUCAGACGUUUGCCUCUUUUCUACACAUUGUUUCUCAUUAUUCCCUGUAUAGGACUUUCAUUUUUAACUAUCCUUGUCUUCUAUCUUCCUUCAAAUGAAGGUGAAAAAAUCUCUCUCUGUACUUCAGUACUGGUGUCUUUGACUGUCUUCCUUCUUGUCAUAGAAGAGAUUAUUCCAUCAUCUUCUAAAGUUAUACCACUUAUUGGAGAAUAUUUGGUGUUUACUAUGAUUUUUGUGACACUGUCCAUUGUGAUAACUGUCUUUGCUAUUAAUAUUCAUCAUCGUUCCUCCUCUACACACAAUGGUAUGGCACCAUGGGUCCGCAAGAUAUUUCUUCAUAAACUUCCAAAACUACUUUGCAUGAGAAGUCAUGUAGAUAGAUAUUUUGCUCGGAAAGAAGAAAGUAGCAAUAUCAGUGGAUCAGAAUCAUCCAGGAAUACCUUGGAAGCAGCUCUGGAUUCCAUCCGAUAUAUUACAAGGCAUGUCAUGAAGGAGAAUGAAGUUCGUGAGGUUGUUGAAGACUGGAAAUUUAUAGCUCAGGUGCUUGAUCGAAUGUUUUUAUGGACUUUUCUUCUGGUUUCAAUAAUUGGAUCGCUUGUGUUGUUUAUUCCUGUUAUUCAUAAAUGGGCAAAUAUAAUUGUACCAGUCCAUAUAGGAAGCACAAAUACAUAAACUAUUUUUGAGGUGCCGUUACUCUUCUGAACCCUAUUCAUAAAAGGUGUCCAGUAGCUCUAUAGUUAUGCAAAUUCUAUGUAGGGCACAUUUUAAAAACUGAAACAUUUUUAUGUUUAAGCAGCACAUUUUAGAAUAGAGUAUUGCUGAGUGUUAGUUUAAGAAUUAAUUUCUACAUCGGUCUGGAUAAAACCAGAAAGACUUUCAGACAUUUGCAUGUAUGCUAUGCCAAAAAAGAAUACAGUAGGUUGCUACCUAUUGGGUGUGCCUACACGUCGCCCUAUUGCGAUGUAGCAGUAGACACACGUGAUUGCCAGCUACAUUGCCAUAGUGGCGCACUCCCUGGAUAUAGUGCACUGCUAUAGCAACGUAGCGGCAAAAUGUAACUAUGUGCCAUGCGCAAGGCACAGUAACUGCCCGUACCACGCUCUACUUUUGUUCUUCCAAACGGAAAUACUAAACUAUGGUGGCAUAGCAUAGCAGUGUCACCAUAUGGCACCCAUAGCAAACUCGGAACUUGUUUUUAGAUGCUGAUUGUUUAGAGCUGGCAAAAUACUAUAUAAAUUGUUUGACUGAGUAUUAAACAUUUGCACAUAUUUAUGUAAUAGUGUUCUGGUUUGUUACUUCAGUUUAUUACAACGGGUGGCAGAGGAUUUUUAAGAAAACUAACUCUUUUAAGCAUGUUGGAAAAUUCCAGGGCUUUUUUUAGAACAAAUGAAAACGCAAAGAAUUCAAAAACAAUAACCAGGUAUUCUAACACACUUGUUAAAAUAUGUAAAUAAAAAUAGUGAUCUGCACUUCAA